AUGGUCAGUUUCGAUGUGGUAUCACUCUUCACCAGGGUGCCAAUAAAGGAUACCAUAUAUCUGCUAGGACCACACUUCGAAGAAGAUAUCUCGAGACUCUUCUGCCAUGUCCUGACCAUCUCAUACUUCAGCUUCAAUUGCCAGCUCUAUGAUCAAACCGAUGGUGUGGCGAUGGGCUUCCCACUCUCUCCGGUCAUCUCUAACAUAUAUAUGGAGGACUUUGAAGAUAGGGCACUUGUCUCGGCCCCACACAAGUCCCGCUGCUGGUUUCGCUACGUGGAUGACACUUUCGUCAUCUGGCCACAUGGACCAGACAAGCUUAAGGACUUCCUCAACCACCUAAACAGUAUCCACCAUUGCAUUCAGUUCACAAUGGAGACUGAAAACGAGGGCCACCUCCCCUUCCUGGAUAUAGAUAUUUACAGGGGAAUCAACCGUUCUCUGGCCCAUAGAGU